AUCAAUAUUUAUUUAUAUAAGGUAAAGAUUUAAGAGCCACAAGACAUAGUACAUUGUGAACAAAAUUAGAACAACAAAAAUGAAGAAUAUUAAUGUGAAAAGAAGGGUUGAAGAAGAAGAUGAUGAUGAUGAAACGUCGUCGUUUCCAGUUAGCCCUACCGGGCAGUAUUUUACGAGCUCGGUUAUGUCGAUUUCUGUAAUUUGUGUUCUGGAAUCUGAAAUUCCGAUCGAUGAUUCUUGUACCGUGACAAUGCUUAAGGAUGUUUUUAUUCCUAUAAAUCCUCGUUUCUCUUCUAUUAUGGUGAAAGACAAGAAUGGAGUGAAACAAUGGAAGAAAGUAGAAGUGAAGCACAAAGACCACAUAUAUGUACCAAUUUUCCCACAAGGAAAAUCAAAAGAAUUUUAUGAUAAUUGUUUCAAUGAAUACAUGACCAAAAUUGCUAUGGAACAAUUCCCACAAAGUAGACCACUAUGGGAAAUUCACAUAUUUAAAUAUCCAACAACAAAAUCAGCUGGAAAUUUAGUGUUUAAACUUCAUCAUUCACUUGGUGAUGGAUUUUCACUAAUGGGUGCACUUCUUUCUUGUUUACAAAGAGCUGAUAAUCCUUCACUUCCCUUAACAUUUCCAUCAUUUACUAGUAAUAAUAAUAAUAAUAAUAAUAAUAAUAAUCACAAUUUGGAAAGUGAUAAUAAUCACAAUUUGGAAAGUGAUUAUAAGAAGAGUUUUUGUACUAAUGUGGUUCAAAGUGUUAAUGGAGUUGUGAACACUUUGUUGGAUUUUGGAUGGAGUUUAAUGAAAAGCACUAAUCUGGAAGAUGAAAGGACAACAAUUAGGUCUGGUGAUGAAGGUGUGGAGUUUAGACCAAUUGAUAUUACAACUAUGGAGUUCUCUCUUGAUCAUCUCAAGGAAAUUAAGUCCAAUCUUAAAGUGACCAUAAACGACGUUAUAUGUGGAGUUUUGUUCUUGGGAGUUCGAUUAUACAUGGAGGAAACAAAAUAUGAUCAGAAAAAUACAAAUUCAACGGCAUUAGUGUUACUCAACACUAGAAAUAUUGCAGGAUACAAAUCGGUGAAAGAAAUGUUGCAACCCAAAAAUGAGUCAAAAUGGGGAAAUCAAUUUGCAUUUUUACAUGUUUCAUUACCAAAAAUUGAUAAAGAAGAAUCAUCAAGUAACCCUCUAAGUUUUGUGUUUAAAGCACAAGAUGUUAUUCAAAGAAAAAGAAACUCCGCAGCUGUUAUUCUUACUGGUAAAUUGCUCAAUACUUUGCAAAAGUAUAGAGGCCCCGAGGUAACGGCUAAAUAUAUCCAUAGCACGUUGAAGAAUUCAAGUAUGACAAUAUCAAACAUGAUUGGGCCAGUGGAAAAAAUGGCUUUGGCAAAUCAUCCAGUUAAAAGCUUGUACUUCAUGGUGAUUGGUGUUCCCGAGAGUUUAACAAUAACAAUGAUGAGCUAUAUGGGAAAAUUAAGAGUGGCUGUGGGAACAGAAAAAGGUCUAAUUGAUCCACAAAAGUUCAAAUGUAGCAUUGAAAAUGCCUUUGAUAGGAUUUUCAAAGCUGCUAUGCCUUCUGCUUCUUCCAAAUCUUCAAAUUAAUUUAUAAAAUUGGGACUUUUAUUGGUGUCUUUUUUUUUUUUCAAAAAUAAAUAAUUGUCACAUCUUAUUUUAUUCAUGUAUUCAUUUGUUGACUCUA